AUGGGUGUCUUCAUCUCCCAAGCAGACACAUCGCUGGUGUUAGCCACCUACGGCAAGAUCUCGUCAGAAUUCCACGACCUCGAAAGCGGCUCCUGGCUCCUUUCAAGCUACAUGCUAGCCAUGUGUAUAUCGCAACCACUCUUCGGAAAGUUGAGCGACAUCUUUGGGCGAAAGUCGUGUUUGCAGGUGGCCUACGUCCUCUUCGCGAUCGGAACGCUCGGUUCAGGACUGGGCCGGUCAAUGGCUCAGAUCAUCGCUGCUCGUACAAUUCAGGGUGCUGGGGGCGCUGGUAUGGUGUGCAUGGUGUCAAUAUUGUUGACUGAUCUGUUGCCCUUCCACGAAGUCGCGCUAUACCGAAGCUAUGUCAAUGUGGUGCAGACAGUAGGAAGAAGCUGUGGCGGCGUGAUUGGGGGGCUUCUUGCUUCCACGAUUGGCUGGCGCUGGGCCUUCCUGGCACAAGUUCCUCCAGUCAUUCUUUCGAUUGUCUUAGUCCAGUGGAAGUUGGACGUUCCGCAGAAGACUUUCAAACCUGGGCACUGCGAAUCCACUCGCGACAAGUUACGACGUAUCGACUUCGUCGGAGCGGUGUGCAUGAGUAUAACAAUCUUCACUGCGCUGCUCGUCCUGGACACUGGCGGCCAGAAAUACGAUUGGAACCACCCCGUCAUCGUCACAUCCGCUUGCGCUGCUGUUAUCGGCGCUGGAACGUUUGUCGUAUACGAACGGUACUUCGCGAAAGAGCCAAUCUUUCCUGUCCAACUACUCACCCGCUACGUUGUUGGCACUUCUUAUGGAAUCCUUCUCCUGCAGAACUUUUCUCAGACCGCACUAAUGUUCAUCAUCCCCAUCUACUUCCAGGUCACCAACAAUGCAUCGACUGGCGAAGCCGGCGCCUACCUCAUACCCUCUGUGGUUGGAAAUACAGUCGGUGGCCUCCUGACGGGGGCAUGGAUCAAGCGGACCGGAAGUUACAAAGCUCCUACCAUACUCGCGAGUGCCAGCUCAGCGUUGUCUUUCGUUCUCUUACUCUUAUUCUGGCGUGGGCAUACCACAGUCUUGGGAUCCCUCCUGAUAUUCCCCGCCGGCUUUGCAACAGGCAUGGCUCAUUCGGCCGUCUUCGUUGGAUUGACAUCCGCAGUGGCGGAGGACGAGGUAGCCAUUGCUGGCUCUGGCUUGUACCUGAGUGGGAACGUGGGGGGCGUUACGGGCGUCAGCGGGGCUGCUGCAGUCUUUCAAAUCGUUUUGCAGAUGGGCCUGAAUCAUGCCCUGGAGGGGAGGAAUGACGCAUCCGAGAUAGUCGAGAAGGCUACCUCGGAUAUCGCCUACAUUCAGCAUGUGGGCGACGGUCUUCGCGAGCUGCUGAUGCCGGCAUAUAUAUACGCCACGCAGCAAGUAUUCGUGCUUGGGCUAGUCGCCUCCGUCAUCGCAUUUUCCAUCGCACUUGUCACGAAGGAGAGGAACCUGUUGAAAGCAAACUCGGCCGAGUAG